AUCCUUUAAGAUUACCUUAACGAAAACAUAAAAAAGUAGCAGAUUUAUCAUAAAUUGAUGAUAUCAAAUGUAAAUCUUGAUAAAAUAAGAGCUAUUUUAGUAGAAAUAAUAAAUUAGAAAAAUACUAUCGAAUGGUUCAAUAUUGCAAAAUUCUGAAUUACAUGAAUAUAUGGGAAUCUAAACAAUUAUAGAGGAAAAUGAAGAAAAAGCAAAAUUUUCAACUAAAUAGCCAUCCCCAUCAUAUGUUCAUUAUCACAAUCAUAAAAAGUAAGUAAUAAAUUUUAUGAAAAAUGUUCAUCAAUAAUUAUCUCCUGUUAUUGGAAGAAAGAAAAUAGAAGCAAAUUUAGUAGAAACAUUAGAUUUCAAUUAAUUUACAAAGUUGAUGAAAGCAAUUUAUCAUCCAAAAAAAUAAAACACAAUAUAACAGCCUAUUAAAAAAAGGACUUAUUCAGAAAAAAUUUUCCAAAAUAUACCACUUGAAUGA